UGAUCGCAAUUAAUUCAUCGCGAGGUAUGAAAAGUGACGGUGCCGGUGUGAAAAAGAGAACUACAAAUCAUAAAUUAAUUUGAAAAUAUCGAAGCGUGUUGAUAAAGUUAAUUUCUAAAAUGACAAUAAAUAAUUUAAAUAUGUCUUCUAAUAUGGAGAAACAAAUCGUCAUAGAUAAAAAUGAAAAUGGAAUUAGUAGGAGAAAAAUGCUCUUCGGUGCUGUCGGCGUUAUUGGGGCAUUAGCUCUCAUAUUUUGCGGAAUAGCACUACUACUCUAUGAUAGCUUACCAUCAACACAAACCCAACAUUAUUUGAUACUCGCUGUGGAAUGGCCACUUUCAGUUUGCUUGUUACGAACGAAUAAAACAGCUCCUAAAGUUACUGAUGUGUGUGAUUUAACAGCUGAUGAAAAGUGGAUAAUACAUGGACUUUGGCCGAGCAAAGAGGGAGAAUUUCUACCAAAAUCUUUAAUAUCAUUCAACGAAUGCAAUGCUAGUUCGACUCUAGAAGAGAUGAUGAAAUGCUGGCCGAAUAAAAUGAACAGUUGGGACUACAAGAGUUUUUGGGAACAUCAGUGGCUGACUUACGGCCGCAUUUAUCCCUUACAAACUAAUGCAAUUAACUCUCCGUCGGAUUAUUUUAAACGAACAUUCGAACUGUAUCAAAAAUAUGAUGUAAAUGAAGCAUUGGCAAAGUGUAACAUCCAUCCAGAUGACUCAAAGUUUUAUAACAGCGCCGAUUUCCUCGAUUGUUUCCAGAAACAUUUCAAUGUUCAUACGCAGUUGUCUUGUAAAAAUAUAUACUCAAAGAAAUCAAAGAAUAUCGUAAUCUUGAAAGAAGUAAGAUUUUGUUUCACAUUCUCUGAGGAUUUCAUCAUACAAAAUUGCACAGGUUAUCAAAUCGAAGAGGACUCGACGUGUCAAGAAGAUUUUAAAUACCCACUAAGCGAAAAUAUAACGUCAAGUGCACAAGAGUAGGUACCUAUUAUACUGUUUUACAAAGACUCAGACUCGUCUACCUCAAAUAUGUUGAGGAACAGCAACAUUUCAUAAAUUUUUUUUGGUUUAUUACCAAAUUUAAGACAAGAGUAUACCUAACAUUUAGUUUCUUAAAGAUCUAGGUACCUAUUAAGGAUUCGUAUUAUUUUUAUUCGCCAGAGUACAAUGAUGAAUCUCAUUUUUAUUUAUUUAUUUUUUUUAAAUCUGUGAAUAAUUUUUUUUAAAAAUUAUUUUGUCUCUUAUUUAUCUUACAAGGGAACCUCUUGAGGUUUCACACUCGGAUUUGAACGGGACCGCAAUUUUCCAAAACCAAAUUUUCAGCUGCCCAAGUUCAUUUUUCGAUUUUUGGCGAAUUUUUGAAAAUUCAAAAUUGACUGUUUUUGGCGAUUUAUGUUUUUUUUUUAAAAGAACGUAGGUACUUGAUCAGUAAAAACGGUCAAAAUAAGUCCCAAAACUAAUAUUGAUUACCCAAAUCCAAAUUUCACCAUUUCCAGCCAUUCUGGAGCCUCCAGCGCGAUUUUUCAAUUUCUCCAGAAUUUUGAAUUUGCUCUAGAAGGCGUGAAUAUGCAGUUGGGCAGCUAAAAAUCGAGCUGUGCAUUAUACUCGACCUGUUUAACGAGUUUAUCUACAUUUGAGCCGAUUUUGAGAAUUACACCUCAAGAGUGGUUUUUUAACCAGCUUUUUUCAAAAUCAAAAAAUCCAAAAAAUCAAAAAAUGAUUGUUUCUGAAGAAAAUUUUGAAAUUUGCGCGAAUCGCUGUAUUUCUUCAAGAACUAAUCCCCGGAGCGCAAAUUUUACUAUUUCCAGCCGUUAUGGAGCGAGAGAGUGACACCUCAAAAAACCACUCUUCAGAUGUCACCCUCAAAAUCGGCUUAAAUGUGGAUAAACUCGUUAAACAGGUCAGGUGCAAUAUACAACUUGAUUUUUAGCUGCCUAACUUCAUAUUCACGCUCUUCUGGAGCAAAUUCAAAAUUCUGGAUAAAUUGAAAAACGUGCUGGAGGCUCCAGAAUGGCUGGAAAUGGUGAAAUUUGGAUUUGGGUAAUCAAUAUUAAUUUUGGGACUUAUUUUGACCAUUUUUAUUUAUCAAGUACGUACUUUUAAAUAAAAAGCAUAAAUCGCCAGAAACAGUCAGUUUUGAAUUUUCAAAAAUUCGCCAAAAAUCAAAAAAUGAACUUGGGCAGCUGAAAAUUUGGUUUUAGGGGUUUUCGACUAUGCUCUUUCCAAAAAUCGCGGUCCCGUUGGAAUGGGAGUGUGACACCUCAAGAGGUUCCCUUGUUAGUUUACGAGUUACCUGCCUUUAUUUAGAUAGGUAGGUACUUAAUCUCUUUUGUUGUGCAUUAUGUUCAAUUUAUGAGUACCAUGUAUUAAAAUUCUAAUGUUUACUGUU